GUUGAUCAACUCCAAAAUGUUGUCUCGGCGUGUGCGUCAAGUUUACAAAUGUUUGGUUUUGCGCAACUUAAAAGUGAAUUCAAUAAAUGUGGGUAUUUUGGCCAGGAGGAUCCAUUCUUCGUCAAAAAAGCUUUCUGACUGUGAGUUAAAGGAGCAAACCAUCCAGAAAUGUGAAACUGAAGAGUUGCUUCAAAGUAUGGAAAACAAUGAUCGUGGACGAUUGCACAUACCAGUGAUGCUGGAGGAGGUUGUUAAUUGUUUUUCCCCUCAGCCAGGUGAGCGUUUCCUUGACAUGACGUUUGGAGCCGGUGGUCACACUACAGCUCUUCUAGAGAAAGCCAGCGACAUCAUGAUAUAUGCACUGGACAGGGACCCCACAGCUUAUAGCAUAGCUCAGCAGCUUUCAGAAUCGUACCCGUAA